AACUUUCGAUGACUUUGCAAAACCAGUCAACAUUGCAGCACAAAGACACCCAGAGUCACGCUGGGAUGCUGUGGCAGAAUCACAUGACCCCACGGGAUUCAUUCCAUCCUGAAAAUUCCCAAACAGCAAACAACAGAGGUAAAUGGAAUCAAAUAUCAGAGCCAGUCUGAGAGAGACCUGAAACUCAGUCUUCACAAAAUCUCUAGGGAAAGUUGCCUGCUGUGGCAAGGGAUAAAGGAAACAGAAAAUGACAGCAAGAUUUCAAACAACAAUUCAGGCUUUGGUCUUCUCUGGCCUCUUUGUUGUCCUGGAGGCAGCAACGAUAGCAUGCAGAAAUGAAGAAGGUGAAGCCGUGGAUUGGUUUAUUUUCUACAAGUUACCUAAAAGGCAGGAUAAGGAUAGUAGAGAGACCGGACUAGAAUACCUUUACUUAGACUCCACAAUGAGAAACUGGAGGAGGAGUGGACAACUAAUCAAUGCCACCGAGAGUGCCUUGGGGAGGACUUUACAACAGCUCUAUGAAGCCUGUGCUUCCCAGAGUAACGACACAGCCUAUCUACUCUACAAUGAUGGAGGCCCUAAAUCUGUGGGCUACAGCAGAAACUUUGGACACACUAAAGGCGCACUGCUGUGGAACAGAGUCCAGGGAUUCUGGGUGAUUCAUUCUGUUCCCCGAUUUCCUCCAAUUGCUGAAGAAGGCUAUGAUUAUCCAGCCACAGGGAGACGGAAUGGACAGAGUGGCAUCUGUGUAACUUUCAAAUACAACCAGUAUGAAACAAUAGAUUCUCAGCUCUUGGUCUGCAACCCAAAUAUCUACAGCUGUUCUAUCCCAGCCACCUUUCACCAGGAGCUCGUUCACAUGCCCCAGCUGUGCACCAGGUUCCGCCCAUCUAAGAUCCCAGUCCGGUACCUCACCACACUUCAGUCAGCCCAGGGACAAACCUUCCUCCAUUUUGCAAAAUCUGAUUCAUUUCUUGACGAUAUCUUUGCAGCCUGGAUAGCUCAACAGUUGAAAACACACUUUCUAACAGAAACUUGGCAGCGAAAGAGACAAGAGCUUCCUUCAAACUGCUCCCUUCCUUACCACGUCUACAAUAUCAAAGCCAUUAAGGUAUCUCGACAGUCUUACUUCAGCUCUUACCAGGACCAUGCGAAAUGGGGUAUUUCGCAAAAAGGCACGAAAGAUCACUGGACAUGCAUUGGAGACCUAAAUCGGAGCCCACACCAAGCCUUCAGAAGUGGGGGAUUUAUUUGUACCCAGAACAGGAAUAUUUAUCAAGCAUUUCAAAAAUUAGUUUUGUAUUAUGAGGACUGUAACUAAAGUUGGUGAAAGGAUGCAUGUGCUAUCAAUGAAACAUUUAUAUUGGGUCUAAUAUCAUUAGAGACAUUCUUUUUGUAUGAAAAACUUCUAUAUACACUCAACAUACCACUAACUAAAGCAGCUUUUCCUUAUUUACCAUUUUAUGUUCUAAUUAGCGAAAAUGCCUCUACUUUGAAAUUACGUGUUAUGAACAUAACCAUUAUAUGAGCACAAAGGUAAUAAGAGAAAAAAUGUCUUUUUCAGACUAGUCAACUCCAGUUGUUCCUAAAUUGACUGUCCAUUUGGUACAUUAACUUUCUUUUUUUUUUUCACAAAGAUAUUCCUAAUUCUUUUCCCUAUCCUUUUCUGAAGAAAAAAACCAGCACUCUCCCUGUACUUCUGACCUAUUUGGUCACAUUACUCUUACAGUACUUUUUCACUGGCUUAUAGUUCAGUCUUGUUAUUCUCACAGGUACCACUUACUAAUUGUAUACUACUAGACCACUCUUGAAUUCUCUGACCCCUGUUUUUUAUUUCCUUUUCUUUUCUUUCUUUCUUUCUUUUUUUUUUUUG